AUGCCUGGAUCGGAUGCGAGCAAUGAAGAUGUGCUGGCCCUGCUCCCGAAACAUACGGACUUCUCCGAGGAGGAGGAGGAAGAAGAGGCAGCCCCCUCCCAGGCCGCCUCCCACUACAGCCACCUCCCCCAGCACCAGCCUCGGGUCCCGCUCCCACUGCCCCACACGGAAGGGGCCUCCCCCCAGCGAAGAUCGUCCAGCCGCACUGCCGCCAUCCCGCGAAUAAACCUGAACAAGCUGGACAUCAACGCCCUGCGACGAUAUCGCACGCUGCACGGCCUGCCGGGCAUAGGGCCCCACACCUCCAAGGACCAGCUGGUGGUGGCAGUGGCCGAACACCUCAGCGCCCAAACCAUGGACGAGAUGGCGGUGCUGGAGAAAUUCAGGGAGCGGGCCAAGCGAUACAAAGCGCUGUGA